GGCAAACCCCGGUAUCUGCCGGUCGACGAGUCGCACCCCACCGGCCAAUCGCUGACCAGUCCUUACGCCAAGAGUGCUCACAUGUCUGAACAAAUACUGCAAGACUUGUGCGCCACCGAUGACAACGAGUGGACAGUUGUCUCACUUCGCAUAUUCAACACAAGUGGCGCUCAUUCUUCGGCAGACAUCGGCGAACAUCCGCUAACUGUUCCCAAGAAUCUCAUGCCAUACGUAUCGCAAGUGGCAGCGGAUCUUAGGCCAGAGUUGCGGGUUUACGGCGGCGAUUACGACACCGUCGACGGCACCGGUAUUAGAGAUUACAUUCAUGUGGAGGACGUGUGCGAUGCCAUCGGUAUUGUCCUGAAGAAGAUGCUGUCCGACAAGUGGUCCAAAUGGUAUACGUUUAACGUCGGCAGCGGUUACGGACAUUCUGUCCCUGAGAUCAUCGCUGCGUUUGAAUCGGUGUCCGGACUAACUGUACCCCAUGUGGUCACUGACCGCCGGGUGGCAGACAUUGGCCAGUGUUGGGCCGAUAUAUCACUCGCUGAACAGAUACUCAAUUGGCGGCCGAAGAGGAAUAUUACAGACAUUUGCCAAUCAGUUAUGAAUUGGCAGAAGAAGAAUAGAAAUGGAUUUGAUUUAAACAAUAAUAAUGUUUAA